AUGGCUCCGAAAUCCUUAACCGAUUUGAAGCGCAAAGACCUGUUCCAGACAAAGGGCUACAUCAAUGAGGAAUGGGUGGACGCAGCAUCAGGCAAGACCUUCGAUGUCCAUGACCCUGCAACCCUCGACAAGAUCGCCACACUUCCCGAGAUGGGUGCUGCGGACACCGACAAAGCCAUUAACGCCGCACAUGCAGCCUUUCAAAGUUAUAAGAAGACAAGUGCUCGUCAGCGGGCCCGGUGGUUGCGAAAAUGGAAUGACCUCUGUCUUGAACAUGCCGACGACCUCGCAUUGAUUUUGACAUUGGAAAAUGGCAAAACAUUGGUGGAAGCGAAGGGCGAGGUCAUCUACGCCGCCUCUUUCCUCGAGUGGUUUGCUGGGGAAGCCGAAAGAAUUCAUGGCGAAGUCGUCCCUACCGCGAAUCUCAAUCAGCGGGUCUUGACUUUCAAACAGCCCGUUGGUGUCGCCGCAUGCCUGAGUCCCUGGAACUUCCCCAUCGCCAUGAUCACCCGAAAAGUUGGAGCUGCUCUGGCGGCGGGCUGUACCACGGUAUGGAAACCAGCCGGAGAAACUCCCUUGAGUUCUCUUGCUCAAGCGGUGCUGGCACGAGAAGCAGGAUUUCCCAAAGGUUCGAUCAAUGUCAUCACCACGCUCAACCUUGUUGCCGAAGUGGGCGAGGCUUUGUGCCAGAACAGGCUCGUCCGCAAGUUGAGCUUUACCGGGAGUACGCGGGUGGGAAAACUCCUCGCCAGUCAAUGCAGCAACAGCCUGAAGAAAUUGUCCCUGGAAUUGGGCGGCAACAGUCCAUUCAUUGUCUUUGACGAUGCGAAGCUCGAGACGGCAGUCGAGGCCUGCAUUCUGGCCAAGUUCCGAAACUCGGGCCAAACGUGUGUGACGGCAAAUCGCAUUUUCGUUCAGAAGGGCAUUUAUGAUAAGUUCACCGAGGCGUUGACAAAGAGAAUAAAAUCGUUGAAAGUGGGUCCCGGUACCGAAGACGGGGUGUUUGUGGGGCCAUUGACACACGAACGAGCUGUUGAGAAGGCAAUGAGCCAUAUCGACGACGCUAAGAAACAUGGAGGUCAAGUUGUUCUCGGAGGAGCCCCGCUGACAGAUUUCAAGGGCUACUUCAUUCAGCCCACCAUCAUUAAGAACAUGAACCGAGAAAUGAUCACGACACGGGAAGAGACGUUCGCUCCCGUUGUCGGUCUAUACGAGUUCGACACAGAGGAAGAAGUCCUCGAAAUGGCCAAUGAUUGUGACGUCGGUCUGGGCAGCUUCAUCAUCACGGAGAACAUUCCGAGAGCGUGGCGCGUCACCGAAGCUUUGGAAGUGGGAAUGGUUGGCGUCAACCUCGGCCUGCUCAGCGCCUGCGAGAGUCCUUUCGGUGGUGUCAAAGAAAGUGGCUACGGCAGAGAAGGUGGUCGUCAGGGUAUUGAGGAGUAUUUGAGUGUGAAGUCGAUGUUGAUCAACGUGGCAAACUGA